CCGGGGGAUAGAAUAAGCAAAGCAACAACAAAAUUUCUGUGCUACACAGUCAGCUUCAAGAACUUUUUCAGUUCUGCCACUGGAUUCAUAGUCGCCAAUUUGUGCAGAUACCGUUGCACUCCCCCUGGGUGGAAAUUGCGCGGCCGGAAAUAUACAAGCUGGCACUCCCCUGAACCUUUUAAAGCCCCUUCUGAGGGCACGAGGGGGUUUUCAAGAUGGCUACGACUCUAGGAGCCUUCAUAUCCGGCGGUAUUGCAGCCUGCGGGGCUGUUACAGCAACACAUCCUUUCGAGACGGUGAAGAUCCGCAUGCAACUUCAGGGCGAGCUGCAAGAGAAGGGUGCGCAGCCACGAAUGUAUAAAGGCCCUAUUCAUGGCGUCUCGGUCAUUGUCCGCAACGAGGGAAUCCGGGGGAUCUACCGCGGAAUCGGCGCAGCAUAUAUCUACCAGAUGAUCCUCAAUGGAUGCAGAUUGGGUUUCUACGAACCUAUACGACGCACCUUGACUACGGCAAUCUUUUCCGAUCCCAAAACGCAAAGUCUGGGGAUCAACAUCUUCUCGGGCGCAACGUCGGGUCUCAUGGGUGCUGCGGCUGGAAGCCCCUUCUUCUUGGUCAAGACGAGGCUGCAAAGCUUUUCGUCGUUUGCCCCUGUUGGGAUGCAACAUAAGUACAAGAAUGCGGCAGAUGGAAUGAAACAAAUAUACAAGGCGGAGGGAGUCAAGGGGCUUUACAGAGGUGUUGGAGCCGCCAUGGUGCGGACAGGUUUCGGAAGUUCGGUUCAACUGCCAACAUACUUCUUUGCAAAACGAAGACUUGUGAGGCAUCUGGGUAUGGAGGAGGGCCCUCUGCUACAUCUAGCCAGCAGCACAGCCAGUGGCUUUGUCGUUUGCUGUGUUAUGCAUCCACCAGACACAAUCAUGUCUCGUAUGUAUAACCAAAACGGCAGCCUUUAUCAAGGUGUAUUCGACUGUCUCAUGAAGACAGUGAGGACGGAGGGUUUCUUUGCUAUCUACAAAGGAUUCCUGCCCCAUCUGGCAAGAAUCUUGCCUCAUACCAUCUUGACCCUCAGCUUAGCGGAGCAGACUAACAAGCUUAUGCGGAAGUUCGAGGAUAGAUUCAUUCCUGAAUCCCUGAAAGACAAGAUCUAGAUAGAGGCACUGUUUUUUUUUCUAUCCGAUGAUUUCUUUCAUCUUGUAAAUAUCGAAUCUGGUGUAUAGAGUAGUCGGGAUUCUUGAUGGGGGUUCUCUGGAAAAUUCGUCCAGAACCUUUUGAGAUAUUUAAAACGAGCCAAUUUCUUCAUCCGUUGAUUGAUCUCGAGCAGCCAUAACAUAAAAUU